UAUCAAAAGUGCAGUUUCUCUACCUUGUGCUGUGUGUUUUUCAAGAAAUUUGCUUUGCCUCUAAUUUGUUCAAAGCAAGACACGGCAAUGUCAUCGGAGUACUCAUUCUGUAGCGAGGGAGGCUUUGAUGAACUCUCGAGCUCCUCCGAUUCUGGUUUCGAUGUGAGCUUUGAAUCACCGAAACACGAAGUACCAACCGAUACUCUUUUCCCUGCGGCUAAAGAGGAGAAGCGUAAAAAAACACGGAACACUCGUUGCAAAAGUCCAACCCAGGUACUAAGGCUAAAGAGAAACCGGCGGAUGAAGGCAAAUGAUCGCGAGCGUCACAGAAUGCACACAUUGAACGACGCCCUGGAGCGUCUGAGAAUGGCAUUGCCGACUUUUCCCGAAGACACAAAGCUCACGAAGAUCGAGACGCUGCGUUUCGCGCACAACUACAUCUGGGCGCUGUCCCAAACUCUAGGCAAUUCCGAAAGCGGCGAAAUCACGGUGAACGUCGGCAACGUCACCGUCAGCAUCGGUGAGAACGGCAACAUGAUCACCUCGUCGAGCGGGAGCUGCGCGGUGGCCGCCCAGAAGAGGCUCGGACCGCAGCACACCGCGAGCUUCCCGUAUCCUCCUCAAGAACGAUUUGUGCCAGAAUGGCAGGAAUACGAUUGCUAUAGCGAUCAGAGCAUAAGUCCACCAAUGCAAUAUCAGCCGUGCUACGACCAGAGGAUGUAUCAGGUCCAUCGUCCUCAACAUCAACUACCUCCGCCGCCGCAUCAUCACAUGUCUCAUCACAAUAAUUUGUACCAGUGUCUUUAG